UAUUUUUAGGAUUAUUGUAAUCACAAAAACAAAAUAUCUCUCAUAAGUUACUUAAAUUUAGUGAGAAUAAAUUUGAAUGUGGCGCGUCCCAAGUUGGGGAUUUUUUCCCCGUGAAAAGCAGUAAACAGUCGAUGAUGUCAAAAAUGGUGGCUUAUGUUUGAAAUAUGUGAAGUAGAAGCAAACCUUUAACCUUUUUGGUAGUUUCCCCGUUCGAAAUCAUGUUAAAUCAAGUGUCCGUCGAGGCUGUAUAUUCAGCCACUUACGUGGAGAAUUAUUUGGAUUGUGUUGAAAAUCUUCCCGAUGAAUUGCAACGCCUAAUCUCCAGGAUGCGAGAACUCGACGUCUGUUACUUGGCCCGUGUGAGGGAAGCCGCAUACCAAACGGAAAACUGGAAAAAAAUCGGUAAUGAUAACCCCGGGAAGAAGGCUCGGGGCUUCGCCCGCAUGCAACAAGCCCUGAUCGCAGCCCAGGAACUCGGCGACGAAAAAAUGAAUCUUUUACAAUCAAUCCUGGACAAGAUCGAAAUCAAAACGCGUUUAUUGGACCAGGAUUUCAAAAAUUUAGAUUUUGGUAAAGACGAGACAACUCAACUCGAGAACAAAGAACAACAGCCCCCAAUCACGACGAGUAACACCGGACUGGUGGAGAGGGCCCCCAAGAGGGCGCGACGCACCCGACAUGACACCUUCUCCGGCCUGGAAUCGAACCAUAAUGAUGCUGCAGCCCCCGUGGAGCAUGUCUUAAGGAGUCAAGUGCCAUCAUCCACCACCAACUCGACGAAGAAGAGUGCCACAGGGAAGAAGAAGAAACGUAAAUCGAAACAAGUUCAAGCACAAAGAGAAGAAUCUCCUCCACGUGAAGAAGAACCAAUUAUUGAUCCCGAUGAGCCCACUUAUUGUCUCUGUGAUCAAAUUUCCUACGGUGAAAUGAUUAUGUGCGACAAUGAUUUGUGCCCAAUCGAGUGGUUCCACUUUUCUUGCGUUACUUUAACCACCAAACCCAAAGGUAAAUGGUAUUGUCCAAAGUGUAGAGGUGAUAGACCCAAUGUUAUGAAACCCAAGGCGCAAUUUCUCAGAGAACUUGAAAAGUAUAAUAAGGAUAAAGAGGAGAAAACAUAAUUUUUUUCAUUUUGUGUGUAUUUUCUUUCUCUUAUAGCAAUUAAAAUUUGAUAGAAAUGUUUUAAAAUAUUAAUAAAUAUGUCUAACAUAAAAUUUCUUCUCUGUGAUGCAAGACUACACACAUUAUGGCAGUGUAAAAUAAAAUAAAUGUAACAAAUGUGUAAG